AUGUAUUAGUACUAUUCAUAAAGAAGUUCUAUCUAAGAGAAUGAUCGUAACAGAUCUUUUGGAAACAUGUUUAGUUCCACUAAAUCUGAUACUCUUUAAACUGACUAAAGACAUUAAGGAUGUUUAUAAAGAAUAUAAAUAUUACUCUAAGAAUUAGAAAGAAUGGCUGAAGCUUAAUAAGUAGCUAAUUAACAAAUCUCAUAAUUAAAAUAAGUAAUUGAAGAAUCUAAAAAAAACAAUUAAACUCUGGUUUUAAAUAACGGUUUUGAUUCAGAAAUACUUGAAGAAUUAAAGCUUUAACAAUAAAAAUUUAAUCAAUAUAAACAAGUUAAAGAAAAAUAAAUUGAAGAACUAGAAAAUGAACUUAACAAAAUUCAUAAAUAAUUCAAAGAAGAAAAAUUAUCUCGUCUAGAUUUGAACCAAAAAUAUGAAUAAAAAAUUAUGGAGAUUGAUUUUUUAAAGAAAGAACUUUAGAAAAAUGUAUAAGAAUAACCUUCAGAUAUCAAUGAUAGUGGUAUUCUAAAUUAAUUACAUGAAGAUGUAAUUGAAUUGCAAUGCCAAAAUAAAGAACUUAAAAAUCUUAACUUAGGUUACUAAUAAAAAAUAUAAGAACUCUUAGAAACUUAAAACAUUAUGGAUUAAAAAUUGAAAUAGUACUAAAAAGAAGUAUCAUUUCAACCCUCUCCAAAUAGAGAGGAAUUAUCGUUUAAUGAAUAAAGAACAGAUCCGAUAUAUAAAUAAAAUAGAACUAAAACAAUGUAGCCUACUUUUUAGAUGAAUAAUGAAAGUCCCAAUUAAUAAUCAAUUUAAAAAUAAUCAUUUAAUGUUUUUUAAUAAAGAUUAUCAUAAGUUCAAAUUGGAUAAAAAAAUGAAACGGAUAAUUUUAAUAAUUAUUCUGAGACUAUAAGAAAAGAUUCUUUAAGAAAUAAACCUAAACCUGUAGAUAACAUUAAAUAUUCAACAAGUAAGCAGGUUCAUUAAUUUUGA